AUGGAGACAUCAGCAGUCAAUCAGUUGUACCAUGAUACCUUUAGGAAGAUGUGUCAAUCAUUCUUUGCGCUCACAUUUGACAUAACCAUUUCAAACUCAAAAGAGGUGCGACGUACAUAUUUCAGACCACUGCAUUACAGGAGGCUCCCAAAGACGUUCGUGGCUACCGUUGGUCAGAAGCAGAAGCUCAGUACCUGGUAUGAAAACGACUUUUUGCAAAGGUCGAGGAUUGCCCACUGAAGAAGAUUAGUCUUCCCAACUCUGAUCAACACAGAGAAUUGCUGGAUCUGACCACAACUGACGAAAAGACUUGGGUCUGA